CGGCAUUGCAAAUCGAGAUCCCUUCGUGUUACCUAGCCGCGACUUGGGCUAACUUCAGAAUGAUUACUGCGUUACCGGUACCUUCAGUAAAAGUCUUUCACAAGACUUACUACCAAGAGAAAAGUUCGAGAAUAGGGAACAGCCAGCCAGGUAGUCCAUUAGCGGAAAGUGAAGCGGUGCUGGCUAUGAUAGACAAAGAACAACCGGAAUAUUAUUUCUGUGGAAAGGUCAAUUCGCUAUACGUCGUCGUCGGUUCGCUUUUGCUGGGAGCGGUAGUUCUGGUUGUCGGUCUGGUGCAACUCGCGCCGGGCGCGGAAGCUGCUCAGAACUCGGCCGCGCUGAUCGCCGCCGGUAGCGGUCUUCUCGUCAUAGGGGUGUUUGUCGCACCUCUGAGAGCCGUCUGCAUCAGAAAGCAGAACGCGGCGCAGAAGGACGGCACUCAUCAGCGGAGUGUCACUAGUAUUGACAUGCUGUUGGCGCAGCACAGGGACUUUACGGUCUUGACGCCCGACGAGCUCGAGGACCUCGUGGGUCGACCGUCCAACAACCUGGAGAACAAACCCCACAAACAGGGUCAAAACACCUAGGUAUCGUCUGCCUCGAGGAAGACGUUGCCGUCCACGUCAUCGUCUCCGCCAUGCUCGAGUACUACACCGCCAUCGCCGUUCGCUACAUCACCAGGACCAAGUUCCAUCAUUCUGUACACGCAUCGUUACGAUAUGCGCGAGCAUAGUUUGGUUUAAAAAAAUCAAUGCGCACUCACACCAUGUCAUUUUCACAGGACCAAACAUACAUGCCACCACAUGCAUUUUUCUAACAAGUGCACCGCAAAAAACUAGAGGAAAAAAUGUUAUACUAGCAGAACGAGCAUUUUGAGCUUAUUAAUCGCGUGAGAUGUACAAUUCGCGACAUAAAACAAAAACAAAAAACAUUAGCUAAAACAUACAAAACAUAGAUUUGUUUGCUGCAAAUCCCACAUCAUCUUCUUAUUAGUUUGACAUUAACUAUAUGUUCCUUUUUCUGGACUUCGCUUCUCUUGAACUUUUCGGCUCGGUUUUACUCGGACUUCCAGUCGGAAAAUAAACCGAACAGUACUUUUAAGUGAUACUUUUAGUAGAAAAUACAUAAUGAUAAGAGAAUCAAGAUAAAUUACUUAAAAGAUGGUUAUGUAAUAAAACGCCUCACGUUAAGAGACGUGUUCACAUGCUGUUUCUCUCUUUGCUUGUCGGUUUUGCGGAUGUGAUUUCAAAGUCAGAUUAUAAUAUACGUGGUGGCAAAAUGUGCGUUUAAACCAUGUCAGCUACCACAGCAACGUUCGUAUAUUAUACAAACGACACAGAUCUGAAGCUCCACGAUGAUUGUUCGCACGCUUGUUGCGUAUAGCGACACACUCAUAUGAUUAAAGAUAUAACACAUUUUUUAACCGUAAUACUCUAUUGCGGAAAACUAGCCAGUAAACCGACGAGUGCGGUUUAUAACAGACAUUAUAUCUAUAGUGACGAAAAAAAUGUAAUAUCUAUAUUUGUGUUUUGAAUGAAUUCUCAUGAUAACUUUGUCGGACGAAUAUACAAGUAAUAUGCAUGAGAAGAAUGCAAGAGAAGAAUGCAAGUUUAAAGUAUGAACUAAGUCCGAUAGAAUAUGUAAAGUUCUAUAGUUUGGUGAAAGAGUCCAGGAACACAUACACAUACACACACACAAUCACAAAGAUAAGAAUUUUACUUCUACCGAUAAACACAGGAAUUGAUUUUGUAAUACAUAUAUAUCUUAUGACAUAACUUAAGUCAUACGCAAGUCAUUGUGUCUUCUGUUUUGUAAAAUUUUCUUAAACAAAGCGAUGACAUUUGCUCUUCGAUACUUUCACAUAUUCGGUAAAUGUUCAGUAAAACGGAGCACCUUCG